AAGCAAAAUCCCGUAGCAGCGUAACAGUAAAUCGGUAAUCCAUCUCUCUCUUCUCUUCUCUAUCCCUCCGCUUUUGCAUCCGUUCCGUGCCCGUUUCAAUUCUCUCUCUCUCUCUCUCUCUCUCUCUCUCUCUCAGACAUACGGUCUCUCUCUCCCUCUCUCUCUCUAACACCUAACAGUACCUACCUCUUCUUCUUCUUCUUCUUUUUCGCUGACUUCUCUGCUGUGAAAACGACCUAUAGCCUAUGUCACCGCCGGCGGCAACCGCCGACAUCCUCCGCGAAGUCGACCCGAGGAUCUGGCGCGCUUGUGCCGGCGCCUCUGUGCAGAUCCCCUCUCUGUACUCUAGGGUUUACUACUUCCCGCAGGGCCAUGUCGAGCACUGUUGCGCUUCGUCGGUCAUCUCUUCCUUCCCUUCCUCCACCUCUCCGGUUCCCUGCGUCGUCUCCUCCAUCGAGUUGCUGGCCGAUCCGAUCACUGAUGAGGUUUUCGCUCACCUCUUCCUCCAGCCGAUGGCUCCCGAGCAGUUCAUCCCCCCUAAUUACUCUCGAUUCGGGAGAUACGAGAGUGAUGAAGAGGAGAACAAGGUGGUUACAUUCGCCAAGAUUCUCACGCCGUCCGAUGCUAAUAAUGGCGGCGGUUUCUCCGUCCCGCGUUACUGCGCGGAUUCAGUCUUCCCCCCGCUCGAUUUCCAGGCAGAUCCUCCGGUCCAGAAGCUGUUCAUCACCGAUAUCCACGGUAUUGUCUGGGAUUUCCGGCAUAUCUACCGCGGCACACCGAGGAGGCACCUAUUAACCACCGGAUGGAGCAAGUUCGUCAACAACAAGAAGCUUAUCGCUGGGGAUUCGGUCGUUUUUAUGAGGAAAUCGGUAGAUGAGAUGUUUAUCGGCGUAAGGCGAGCACCUAUCUCCAGCAACGGCGGAACAAGCUUCUACGGCGGCGGGGAUGAGUACUCCAGUUAUUACCAGGCCAAGGAAGACGAUGUUAUUGUGAAGAAGGGGUUUAGGAGGACCGGGAAAGGGAAGCUGACGGCUGAAGCAGUCUCGGAGGCGAUUAGCAAAGCCGCUCAGGGUCUGCCGUUCGAGGUGGUCUAUUAUCCCACUGCUGGUUGGUCCGACUUCGUGGUGAGGGCCGAAGAUGUCGAGGCCUCAAUGGCUGUUUACUGGACUCCUGGAACUAGAGUUAAGAUGGCUAUGGAGACUGAGGACUCCUCCAGGAUUACAUGGUUUCAGGGCAUCGUCUCCUCCACAUUCCAGGAAACUGGUCCAUGGCGUGGAUCUCCAUGGAAACAGCUUCAGAAUCGAUUUUAUAUCUCUAUGCAACGAUUACCUUUCAUGAGUAUUGAUAAUCUCAUUCUGGUUAUGCAAAUGCCAAUUGGGUUUUGGAGGAUUGCUGCGUUGAGGAUGCUUAUUCUGAAAUCUAUCACAUGGGACGAACCUGAGAUCCUGCAAAACGUGAAGAGGGUGAAUCCUUGGCAAGUGGAAGUGGUUGCAAACUCGAGCCAGCUCCAUGCCACUUUCCCUCCAGCAAAGAGGUUGAAGUUCCCCCAUAACGCAGGUGGGUUCAUGAGUGCAGAGGAAGGAGAACAGCUCUAUUCUCACAGAGGACUGUCCAGUGUAGCACCAGUUGGGGAUCCAAGUCCCUACAUGUGCUCGUAUACUACAUUUCCUGCUGGCAUGCAGGGAGCCAGGCAUUAUGAAUUUGGGUCUUACAAUCCAACCGGAUUCAUCGGAGAAAAUCCUCCCCAGUCCAAUAACUUCUUUAGUCCGCUUCCCGGUUUGGGAAAACUCUCGACUGAGAUGAACUUCGGCAGCCCACCGUCGGAUGACUUGUCGCCUAAUAGCAAUACCACUAACCUCUCCUCCGGAAAUGACCCAGUCGGAAACCGAGCCCCCACUUCUGCAAGAGCAAGCUCGUUUCAGCUGUUUGGUAAGAUCAUCAACGUGCAGGAGCUUUCUGAGAGCGGUCUUGCUGAGUCGGGCUUGUAUGAAGAGGACGGAAGCAAAGAGUCAAGCGACAACGAAGUUAAUGAGACACAAUUGUCACUGACACAUGGCCCUCAAGGCCUGUGAAGAGUCUAGGUGCCUAGAGAUUCCAACAGCCACGCAGGUUAUAGCUGCAAAGGUGAAUCAAAGGACUGGAUCUUGCUGGAAUCUCCCAAGUUUAUAUAAGCCGUACUAUAUAGUUAUCUCUGGUGUAUCUGGCAUUGACUUUCUCUGGGUUUUUUCUUUGCCACGUGACAAUCUUUUUUUCUGUUUUUUUUUUUUUUACCAAUUGCUCAGACAUUUUGAUGAACAUCUCGCUCUCUCCUAAUCGUUUACUAUUAUUCUAUUGGGGUAAAUGUCUAUUGGGUUUUUUUUUUUACCUAACCACUACUUUAAUCAAGACUCUGUUAUGGAGUUAAAAAAGAAUCUAUAUGGCUUUAUUAAAU